CCCCCCCCCAUUAGAAAAAUUCAUCAGCUGCUUUUGGGAAGGGCUGGGCUGGCUCGGGUCUGACGCGGCCCCUCCUCUUCCUCCUGCUUUCCCCUCUUCCUCUCUCUCUCCCUCCAUCCCCCGCUCGCUCGCUCCAGUCCCGGGCAGCGCACGGCCCCUGCUGGGACACCAUGGGCGAGAUCCCCAAGCUGGUGAAAAUCAACGUCUCCCUGAAAAUCCAGCCGAACGACGGGCCGGUCUAUUUCAAGGUGGACGGGCAGCGGUUCGACCAGAACAGGACCAUCAAAUUCCUGACAGGGGCCAAGUACACGGUCGAGGUGGUGCUGAAGCCGGGGGUCGUGCAUGCCACGACUAUGGGUAUAGGAGGAGUGAACAUCCCCCUGGAAGAGAAAUCAAGAGAUCCCCAGGUCGUCUGUUACACAGGAAUCUACGAUACAGAAGGAGUGCCUCACACCAAAAGUGGGCAAAGACAGCCUUUACAGGUCAACAUACAGUUUAGUGACAUCGGCACUUUUGAGACAGUCUGGCAAGUCAAAUUCUAUGACUACCACAAACGAAAUCAUUGCCAAUGGGGAAACGCCUUUGGUAGCAUCGAAUAUGAAUGCAAACCCAAUGAGACACGCAGUCUUAUGUGGAUCAACAAAGAGAUGUUCCACUGAAGAUGAGCAAAGUGGACACUGCUGGACAAUCUUUUUUUAAAAAAAUCUACCUUUAAACCAGCACAAAGCCUUAACAAAGGCAUACUAUACAGUUGCUUUGUCCCGUGUGGUACAAAUAACAUGCUAAAUUAUACAUACAGUGGGUGCCAUUAAACCUUGACACUUGCUACUCACAGUACUUAAACUUAUCAUGGCAUCUGCAGUAUUCUUCAUCCUUGCAGUAGGGAAUUCUGCAGGCACCUUGGUAAAGUAAACACUGUGAUGCCAACAAGAUGUGGAUAAUACCCACUAAACAGUAUCACUGGAUGUAAUACCCUUGGUGAAAUACCUUGCAUUAGUAAAAUUCAGAUCCAACUUCAUAUUAGUGAUGAUUUCUGUAUUUAUAUUUGUGUUGUCCCUAAAACAUG